CGCGGAACCGGACGUUCCUGUCCAGGCUUCCGGGGCGGUGGGCGCUGACGUGGAGGCGAACUUGGUGUUGCGGGCAGCAAGCGGCUGGCAGGCCCCAAAGAGCCCAGACUGGCAGGAUGCUCACCAAGUUCGAGACCAAGAGCGCGCGAGUCAAAGGGCUCAGUUUUCAUCCCAAAAGGCCCUGGAUCUUGACCAGUUUACACAACGGGGUCAUCCAGUUAUGGGACUAUCGGAUGUGCACUCUCAUUGACAAGUUUGAUGAACAUGACGGUCCAGUGCGAGGCAUUGACUUCCACAAGCAGCAGCCCCUGUUUGUGUCUGGAGGGGAUGACUAUAAAAUUAAGGUUUGGAAUUAUAAACUUCGACGCUGUCUGUUCACAUUGCUUGGACACUUGGACUAUAUCCGUACCACAUUUUUUCAUCAUGAAUACCCUUGGAUUCUGAGUGCCUCUGACGAUCAGACCAUCCGAGUAUGGAACUGGCAGUCUAGAACCUGUGUCUGUGUAUUAACAGGGCACAACCAUUAUGUAAUGUGUGCUCAGUUCCACCCCUCAGAAGACCUGGUUGUGUCAGCCAGCCUGGACCAGACUGUGCGUGUUUGGGAUAUUUCUGGUCUAAGGAAAAAGAACCUGUCUCCGGGUGCAGUGGAGUCGGAUGUGAGGGGCUUAACUGGGGUGGAUCUGUUCGGCACGACGGAUGCUGUGGUGAAGCACGUGCUGGAGGGUCAUGAUCGUGGAGUAAAUUGGGCUGCCUUCCACCCCACCAUGCCUCUGAUUGUAUCUGGGGCAGAUGACCGUCAAGUGAAGAUCUGGCGCAUGAAUGAGUCAAAAGCAUGGGAGGUUGAUACCUGUCGGGGCCAUUACAACAAUGUGUCCUGUGCUGUUUUCCACCCACGCCAGGAGCUGAUCCUCAGCAAUUCUGAGGACAAGAGCAUUAGAGUCUGGGAUAUGUCUAAGCGGACUGGAGUUCAGACUUUCCGGAGGGAUCAUGAUCGUUUCUGGGUCCUUGCUGCACACCCCAACCUUAACCUCUUUGCAGCAGGCCAUGAUGGUGGGAUGAUAGUGUUUAAGCUGGAGCGGGAGCGGCCAGCCUACGCUGUUCACGGCAACACCUUACACUAUGUCAAGGACCGGUUCCUGCGGCAGCUGGACUUCACCAGCUCCAAGGAUGUGGCUGUGAUGCAGUUGAGGAGUGGUUCCAAGUUUCCAGUAUUCAAUAUGUCAUAUAAUCCAGCAGAAAAUGCAGUCCUGCUGUGCACAAGAGCCAGCAACUUGGAGAACAGCACAUAUGACCUGUACACCAUCCCCAAGGAUGCGGACUCCCAGAACCCCGAUGCCCCUGAAGGAAAGCGAUCCUCAGGCCUGACAGCCGUUUGGGUUGCUCGAAAUCGGUUUGCUGUCCUGGAUCGGAUGCACUCGCUUCUGAUCAAGAAUCUGAAGAAUGAGAUCACCAAGAAGGUGCAGGUUCCCAACUGUGACGAGAUCUUCUACGCAGGCACAGGCAACCUUCUUCUUCGGGAUGCAGAGUCCAUUACCCUCUUUGAUGUGCAGCAGAAGCGGUCUCUGGCAUCUGUGAAGAUUUCCAAGGUGAAGUACGUGAUCUGGUCUGCAGACAUGUCCCAUGUAGCACUCCUGGCCAAACAUGAGCACUCAUGCCCUUUGCCUCUUACAGCCAUUGUGAUCUGUAACCGCAAACUGGAGGCUCUGUGUAACAUUCAUGAGAACAUCCGUGUCAAGAGUGGGGCCUGGGAUGAGAGUGGGGUAUUUAUCUAUACCACAAGCAACCACAUCAAAUAUGCUGUCACCACUGGGGACUACGGGAUCAUCCGCACACUGGACUUACCCAUCUAUGUCACUCGAGUGAAAGGCAACAACGUGUACUGCCUGGACAGGGAGUGCCGCCCAAGGGUGCUCACUAUCGAUCCCACUGAGUUCAAGUUCAAGCUGGCCCUGAUCAACAGGAAAUACGAUGAGGUCCUGCACAUGGUGAGGAAUGCCAAACUUGUGGGGCAGUCCAUCAUUGCAUACCUCCAGAAGAAGGGCUAUCCUGAAGUGGCACUGCAUUUCGUUAAGGAUGAGAAAACCCGCUUCAGCCUGGCACUGGAGUGUGGCAACAUUGAGAUUGCUUUGGAAGCAGCCAAGGCUCUGGAUGACAAGAACUGCUGGGAAAAGCUAGGAGAAGUGGCCUUGCUACAGGGGAACCACCAGAUUGUGGAAAUGUGUUACCAGCGCACCAAAAACUUUGACAAACUUUCUUUCCUGUACCUUAUCACUGGCAACCUAGAAAAACUUCGCAAGAUGAUGAAGAUUGCUGAAAUACGCAAGGACAUGAGUGGCCAUUACCAGAAUGCCCUAUACCUUGGUGACGUGUCAGAACGUGUGCGGAUCCUCAGAAACUGUGGACAAAAGUCCUUGGCCUACCUCACAGCUGCUACCCAUGGCCUAGAUGAAGAAGCCGAGUGCCUGAAAGAGACCUUUGAUCCAGAGAAAGAGACAAUCCCAGACAUUGACCCUGAAGCCAAGCUGCUGCAGCCACCUGCACCCAUCAUGCCACUGGACACCAACUGGCCAUUGCUGACUGUGUCCAAGGGCUUCUUUGAGGGCUCCAUUGCCAGCAAGGGGAAAGGAGGUGCACUGGCUGCUGACAUCGACAUCGACACUGUGGGCACUGACGGCUGGGGAGAGGAUGCUGAGCUGCAGCUGGAUGAAGAUGGGUUUGUAGAGGCCACUGAAGGUUUUGGGGAAGAAGGCUUUGGAAGGGGACAAGAAGAAGGAGGUGGCUGGGAUGUGGAGGAAGAUCUGGAUCUUCCACCUGAGCUGGAUAUCGCCCCAGGGGCAGCCGGUGGCUCUGAAAAUGGCUUCUUUGUGCCGCCCACUAAGGGAACCAGCCCAACUCAGAUCUGGUGCAACAACUCUCAGCUUCCAGUUGAUCACAUCCUGGCAGGCUCUUUUGAGACAGCCAUGCGGCUGCUUCAUGACCAGGUAGGGGUGACUCAGUUUGGCCCCUACAAGCAGUUGUUCAUGCAGACCUACGCCCGAGGCCGUACCACCUUCCAGGCUCUGCCUUGCCUUCCCUCCCUGUAUGGCUACCCCAAUCGCAACUGGAAGGAUGCAGGACUGAAGGGAGGUUUACCAGCUGUGGGCUUAAAGCUUAACGACCUCAUCCAGCGCCUACAACUAUGCUACCAAUUCACCACAGUUGGCAAAUUUGAGGAGGCCGUGGAGAAAUUCCGCUCCAUCUUACUCAGUGUACCACUGCUGGUUGUGGACAAUAAGCAGGAAAUUGCAGAGGCCCAGCAACUUGUCACCAUUUGCCGUGAGUACAUCGUGGGCCUGUCCAUGGAAAUAGAGAGGAAGAAGCUGCCCAAGGAGUCUCUCGAGCAGCAGAAGCGCAUCUGUGAGAUGGCGGCCUACUUCACACAUUCCAACCUGCAGCCCGUGCACAUGAUCCUGGUGCUGCGCACAGCCCUCAACCUCUUCUUCAAGCUCAAGAACUUUAAGACAGCUGCCACCUUUGCUCGACGCCUGUUGGAACUUGGGCCUAAGCCAGAGGUGGCUCAGCAGACCCGCAAAAUCCUGUCUGCCUGUGAGAAGAACCCCACAGAUGCCUGCCAGCUGAAUUAUGACAUGCACAACCCUUUCGACAUCUGUGCUGCAUCUUACCGGCCCAUCUACCGUGGGAAGCCAGUGGAGAAAUGUCCCCUCAGUGGGGCCUGCUAUUUACCAGAGUUCAAGGGUCAGAUCUGCAGAGUCACUACAGUGACGGAGAUUGGCAAAGAUGUCAUUGGUUUGAGGAUCAGCCCUCUGCAGUUCCGCUGAGGUGCCCUUGUUGUAUGAGGCAGGUCACCUUUCCCUUCACCUUCACCCUUACCCCACCCCCAACUCAGAGAAGUCCCUCCAGCUCCCCCUUUCUCUGGCACCCUUAGGACUGUUGGCAUAGAGUCCCUUUCCUAAAACCCACAUAUCCUUUUCUCUGAUGAUAAUCAUUGUGUCCAAAUGUGUUCUGGCUUUCCCAGUGUAGGUCUUUCCAGACAAGUGGAAGUUCAGUGAUGAGCACUUGAGUGGUCCAUGCCUUUCCUGCCCAUCCUCUCUCUCCCAUAAUCUCUCUGUCCUUUUCAGUAAAGGGAGUGAGUGUACCAAGUAAGAGCUGUGUCACAGCAAACUUAACUGUCCCGUUUCCUUGACAUUUCAGUUUCCAGCUGAACCCGUGUGUGAAAACCCAUAGCUUGAGAGGAACCACUGGGUUUUUCAGAAACACACGCACUUUUGAUUGAUUUGUCCUUUAUAACCAUUGUCCUUGUAUUUUGUGUCUCACACUAAAUAAAAUAAAGUACAUUUCUGUGGAA